CAUCGCCACUGUUCUGCGCGGGUCCAGGAGGUGUACUCAGUUCUGGUGUCCUCAGUUCUGGUAUAACUUCCGUUCCUGCUCCCUUAUUCCAGCGUCGAUCCAGUAGUGCGAUGUCGAUGUCACGGAUGAGCUACGUCUCGGAGCAGGAGGAGGAGGAUGAUGAGAUGACAGGGUCCUCGUUGGAGUUCCCUACUUAUACUCUUACGGGUGAGGGUGAUACCACAUUGCGUCCUCCACUUACUACAAAUCCUUGGCCUGGCUUCUAUCAGCUUACUAGAAAAUGAUAGGCUGCCUUCUAAGGGUGUUGUUCUUUUGAAUGCAAUGUCGCAACCUGUAAUACUCAGGACGCUGACGAGUGGGAAAUGCAAGUCGAGGCUACGAAGCUGGUCUUUGCCAAUUCUCCGCAGACUGAAAAAGCAUGGACCAGAUUCAUACGAGCAGCGUACUGUGGUGGUGCAGGAAUUGGAGCCCUUCUUGGAAGCGUGGGAAUGUUAUGACGAUUUAUUUUCUUUAGAAGUAUUGUUUUGUACUUUGCGUUCUCGCUUUGUUUCUUGAUAACACGCUGGUCGUCGGAGCUGUUUUUUGCCGCCACUCGGCAUGUCGAUCUAGAUGGGAUAAGACGAUGAUGACUAUGAUGGGCUCGUUGUUUUCACUUGCGUCUACCUCUUAGCUACUUAUUUGAUGAGCCUUCUAAGGUUGAUACUUUUACGCUCCUACUACAUUUAAUAAAUAAGUACAUAGACGAGACUGAUAUCUUCUAACCAUCGGCAUCGCACCAGUGCAGCCAAAGGUUGCUUCAUCAGUGCCUUUACCAUCUCCAAGAGCAGGAUCGACGCCGCCAAGAUCUGGUAGUAAAACCCCUGGAGGCCACGCACAUGGGAAACAUCAAGCAAAUAACGUCGAUUCUGGAGGUGGUAACAUCAACCACAUCGUGAGUAGUACAACAACACCAAUACAAUCGCCUGCAGCAGCCACAUUAAGGCUAGUUUAAUUCACUAUCCCAUGUGGGUACUAGUAUGCUGAGGCGAGUCCCAUCCUUUGAUUCCUUGUAGGCUAGGGGAAAGAAACUUCGUUCUAGGGGGGAAGCAGAGGCGGGCAUCUUCCAUCUCCCUCAGCCAAGGAUUGUAGUGAACGAAAACUAGCGCUAACAGUAGACUCAGGCCUAUCUCGUGCGUUGUCGAAAGAGCCGAAGUCUCUCUUUGCGCAUGACUUGUUAUAUGAAUUGGAAGAAAACUAUGGGAAGUGUCAGGGCCACUACAUCUGCGAGACCGAGGCAAGUGAUGUAGAGCAACUCUACGGCUUACAGCCUGGAUCUGGCACCGGAACCUACAUGGAAAAGAUGUUUUUCCAAAUACAAAUACCAGAGACAGUGGCAGUGGGACCAAGGUACUAAUUUUC